AUGGAUCAACGACAACCAACAGAGGAGGAACAACUCAAACAAGAGCAACAAGAGAUGAAAGAGAUUGAGGCUCAAUUAUCUCAGCAACAACCAUCUCAAAAAGAAUAUCCGAGUAUAUGUGUUGUUGAUCACUCAUUCGGUUUUGAAAGUUUAAAAAGAAACAACAUUUGUUUUGUUAAGGAGAAUAUCCUUGUAACAACUGUAGGAAAUACCAUUCAAUUCUUUGAUAUUCGAGACAAACGACAUAGGUGGAUCACUGUGCCAGGAACAGGUGGUCUGGGAGCAGUUGCAGUUCAUCCAUCAAAAAAAUACAUUGCAAUUGGCGAGAAGAGCCGAGAGAAACCUUUGGUCCGAAUUUAUGAAUUCAAAAUAGAAUCAGAUGAUAUUGAUGGAAUUUCAUUGGAGCCAUUUAAAACAUUACGGAAUGGUACUUUGAAGGCUUUUUCUUCUAUAUCUUUUAAUGCUAAAGGUGACAGGUUAGCUACUGUUGGAUCCGAUCCAGAUUAUUUACUGACAAUUUGGAACUGGCAACAAGAAAAGAUUGCUCUACGAUACAAAGCUUUUGGCCAAGAAGUGUUUUCAGUAUCUUUUUCUUCAUCAAAUGAUGGUCAAUUAACUACAAGCGGAACAGGACACAUUAAAUUUUGGAAAAUGGCGAAAACAUUCACAGGGCUGAAGCUAAAAGGACAAAUCGGAAAGUUUGGCAAAGUUGACAUUUCUGACAUUGCCAGUUGUGUUGAGUUGCCUGAUGGAAAGGUUCUUUCAGGGUCAGAAUCUGGGUUUUUAUUGUUAUGGGAUGAAAAUUUGAUUAAGUGCUUGUUUACUAGAGCAAACGAAGAACCUUGCCAUGUUGGAGGAAUAGAAGUUGUGUUUUUUGAUGAAACAUCAAAACAAUUCGUGACAGGAGGAGGAGAUGGUUUUAUCCGAUUUUGGAAUUUUGACAAGAUUGAUUCAGCAGAGCCUGUUGAUACAAAUAAUAUUAUUUGCUUAACGCCAACUAGAGAGGUUAUGAUUGAUGAAGGAGUUUCUAUUAUCACUAUCGUUCGUGAAGGAAAUGUUUGGGUCGUACAAGACUCUAAAGGAGCUUUUUGGAAGGUACAAAUUGACGAAAAUGAGCGUACUAAAAUAUUAAGCUUUCAUGCUGGAGCUAUUACCGGAUUGGCAACAUCUCCAUGUGAUCAUGUUGCGGUCACUGGUGGUGAAGACGGAACAGUUAGAUUGUUUGAUUAUUUCUGGGCCAAAAAAGAGGUUUACUCUUCCAGAUUCUCUUCUGGUGUUUCAAAAUUAAUAUGGAAUCCACCUCAUGUGGAUUUGGAAGGUCUAACUAUCACAGUUGGGUUUAAUGAUGGAUCGUUGAGACUUCUAAAACGAUGCGAAGAUUCCUUUUGUUUGAUGAACGUUGUGAAACCACACAAACAACGAAUUAACGAUUUUUGUUACUCUAACAGCUCUAACUGGCUAGCAACAUGUAGUGACGAUUGCACUAUUUUCUUUUUAAACUCAACCACCUUUGAACCAAUUGGAUAUGCAAAGUUUGAAAAGCCUGCAAAGAGUUUAAUACUAACGUCGAAUAGCAAUGAAUUACUGGUUCUGUUUAAGGACGGUACCAUAGUACGAUUAGAAAGUCCUGAUCCUUCAUCUCUUGAUACAUCCAAAACUUUUGAGUUUAAACCUAUCACGAAACAGGUUAAUUUUUCACAAUUCUUAAAAAAGAUAGAGCCUCCGAAAAAAGUUAAACAAGAUGAGGAUGAAGAGGAAGAAGAGGAAGAGAAAAAAGAAGAAGUUAAAGAGGAAGUACCUGUUGGAAUUUAUUUUGGAACUACAUCUCCUGAAGGAAAUUUACUUAUUAGCUUAGAAAAACCUCAAGGAGUAGUGGAGUAUGAAAAAUCAAUUCUCUCAGAAUACUCAUCAGACAUUGUAUAUCCAACGAGAAUAAUUGGAACUUAUGAGUCUAUUUGCUCAAGCAUUAAGUACUCUUCAUGUGGAAACUACUUGAUUCUUGGCUUUAAGGAUGGGUUUGUGUGCCUCAUGGAUUUACAAGCAGGUACUGAGCACCGUUUCGAAUAUGUGCAUGAUUGCAUGCAAGGAGAAAUAACAACUGCAGCUACAAGCUUUGACGACAGCUAUCUAUUAACUGUUGGACGAGAAGGAUGUUUCUUUUCCCAAAGAAUUCCAAAACAUGAAAGUCAACAAGGUCAAAAACCAGUGCUAACCUUCAAAUCUGAGGAAAAGGAAGUUGAAGAUCUCACAGCCAAUCAAUCUGUGAGCAUUGAAGAAGCGAGAGAGCAAGAAGAGAUCAACAAGAAACAAGAAGAAGCAAGGAAACGAAAAAUGAAAAAACAACAAAUAUUGCAACAGAUCAAAACGAAAUAUAUGGAAUUAUUGAAAGAAAAUGAUAAGAGGGAGCCAGAACUUCGGUUGUCUCGCGAGGAAAUUCAAGUAGAUGUUACACUAAAAGACAAAGUGCUGGAGAGCAACAAACGAUUGCUUGAGGAAACUAGAAAAGAGAUGGAAUGGCAGUCUGCAAAACAUGACAUUGCACUCAAGAAACUUAGAGAUCACUUUAUCGAUUGCUUGGAUGUUGAGAGGAUUGUUUUGCGAGCGUUCAAGAGCGGAAAAAUUGUGACAUCCUUCAAGACAAGAAAAUUAGAUGAAGAUUUGAAAAAAGAAAUUGAAAAAGUGCACCAGCUCAUAAAUGAAGAAAUUCAUCGAAAACGAGCUUUAAGGAAUCAAAUUCAGGACGCUCCACCUCACUUUGAAACUCAUGAUGUAGAGAAUACGCCUCCUUCAGCUACCAAUAAGAAAAAGAAGUUGAAUGGAACAAUGUCCAAUUUUGAAAAGCAGGAAAUUUUGAAAAGAGAAAAUGAAGAAAGGUCGAGAUUGAGAAAAUUAUUGUUAGAAAAGAAGCCUCUUGAUUCGGAUGAAGAUCCCGAAGAAAUUGCAGAGAUUCUCAGGGCUCAACAAAACAUGGGAGACUACAAGCUAAAAACGAACAAUGACUACAUCGUACCUGAUGCUCAACGAGUAACAACAGAGAAAAAGUUAAGACAAAUUACUCUAUUACAAGAAAGUAUGCACACUCUGAGAAUGGUGUUCAAUGUCCGAUUGUUAGGUCUUCGAGAUUUGAAAAUGAGAUUAAUUGAAAAGUUCAGAGGUUACAAUGAAAAGAUACAAGAAAUCAAUAACAAAAUAGGAAUUCAUGAAAAAUUGUAUGAACCAGAGCUGAAUGAUGAAGAAUAUCCAGAAAGACGAGAAAAUAUUACCAUGACUGAGAUUGAAGGUGAAGACCAAGAGAAAGUAGAAGAAAAAGCAAAUUCUGUGUUUUCAGGAGCUUCUAAAAAGUCCAGCGCCAAAACACACCUACACAAGAAUAAGGAAAAGGAUGAAAACGGUAUUCCAAUAUCCAGACUGUCAGAGUUAGAAAUUGCAGAGAAGGAAGCAGAAUAUCAACGGUUGUUGUACGAAAAAAAUAGAUAUUUGAGAAAGCAAGAGAAGCAAAUUGAGAGCUUUGACACUGCCAUAGAAGACCUACGAAGAGAAAAAUUCAAGCUUGAAGGUGACUUGAAAUCUGCAGACUUAAAGCUUUUGCUUUUAUACAGAGAGUUGAAGAUUUUACGUGACUAUGAGACGAAGGAUAUACAAAAAAUUCAAGAGCUCCUUGCCAAGAAACAAGAAAAGAUUGCCAUUCAAGCACAAAUCUCUGAAUGCCAAGAAUUACUUAGACAGAAGAAAAAGGAAGUACAACAAAUCAAAAAGCAAAAGUAUUUAAUUCAAGAGUUCAACAGUCUCGUUCCACAAAACCAUGCAGCGUACUCUGAGCUAUGGAAAUUGUUUACUGGUAAUGAUCAUGAUGACGAUGAUGAAAAUCUAUCCGAUGUUGAUUCCACAACAGGAGAUAGGAAGGAUAAAAUACCUCAAGGAUGCAGUGAAGAAUUAUAUCAUCAAGUGUUUGAUCUGAAGGUUCGAAGAAUCGAACAAGAAAAGGCACUGAAUGCAAUAGACAAGGCCGCCAAGAGCAUCAAGACCAAACGUGAGGGCUUCCAAAAAAUUGAAGCUAACAUUAUUAAGGAUCUCAACAAAAUUGAGGACACCAUUCGAGAGACACAAAGGGAAAAGCAACACAAAAUUAAUGACUUGGAAACCAUUGUCGUUCUCAAAUUCAACCAAAUUCAAUCCUUAGUGCAAAACAAAAUUCCUGCAGAUUUGUCUGAUCAAAUUGUGUUCACAAACAAGUCACUGCAAGGUUUAUUUGCAAGAAUUCGAGAGCUGUCAGAAGAACGAAAGAUUCUACGAAGGAAAUAUAUGGAACUACAAAAAACUCAACGAACCAUGCUUAAAGAACAAAAAAUAUUGGAAGAAAAAUUCCAAAGUGAAAAAGACAAAGUCCGUGAGGUGCAAAUGCUAAAGUUUGGAAGAGAAAUUAACUUGGAGGAAAUGGAAAAUGCAAAAAUUGAUUUAGAGGCUGAAGAGCUCAAGUCUGAAUUAAAUUUGAGAGAGCAAGAAUCAUCAAGAAUUCAGAAGGAAUGGGAUAACAAAAUUACAGAGUACAAACAAACCAUGAUUAAGAUUACCUCAGAGAAUACUCAACUUCUCACUAGAAUUUCUGAGCUGAAAGCCAAGCAGCAAGAAUUAGAGCACUAUUUGAACCUUGCACAAAAUACUGUCAUUGAAAGAAUGGAAAGAGCCAUUACAACAACAAAGGAUAACACUACACAGUAUAAGCAACUCAUCAACGAACAGAAUUCAAAGAUUGAAAGUGUUAAGAAUGACAUUGCGAUGUUGACGUUUAAGGCAUCUUCUAUGGGAUACUAG